CUGGUUUGUUUGGUCAAACAUAUUAUGCAGCCAAGAAUGGCGGGACAACUAUCCACCAAAAUAACUGAAUAACGAUACUUCUCCAGCUCAUCCUAUACGCGGAACUCAAAGAAUUGGGAAAUGGAUUCUUCUUCAACGUCUAAGCAAGGUCGGAAACCGCCUACACUGAAUCAACCGGACAUCUACUCAACCGUCGUUUUCCACGGCACCGAUGCGGAAAAUGAGCAGAAGCGCGACGCCGUCUCUGUGUCGAAGGGCGAUGCUUCAUCGGAAUCUGAGAAUGACACGCAGUCCGUUGGCGGCACAAUGAUAGUGAAAACCAGUCGCCGCAGACCUCGGUCCGAGACGAUGUCGUUUCUCGAUCGAACGGAAAAGAUCCGCAAGAGUAGAACUAGUGAAAUCGGCGAGGAGGAAAUUGAGGAAGGGGAUUUCUCUACAUUUGUAAUGAGGGACGGUGAGAUCGAAUCGGGGACCGUGGUGAGGAGAACAAGCGGAAGAGGAACUGGCGAAGAGAGCGGAUUGUCUACUAUAAGAAGAGCUGUCGCGAGUAUGCAAUCUAUGGAGGAGAUUGGGGUUGGGAGGAAGAGGAAAGGUGGUAAUGGAGGUGCGUUGGAGGAGGAAAUAAAGCAGGUGCAUGGGAGUAAGGUGUCUUCCAGCUCCUUUCCAGAUAGUGUGACGAGGGAAGAUCCUUCUACGAAGUAUGAAAUUCUCCACGAACUCGGGAAGGGUUCAUAUGGUGCUGUUUACAAAGCUCGAGAUCUGAAGACUUCGGAAAUGGUUGCCAUCAAAGUGAUAUCACUGUCUGAAGGGGAGGAAGGCUAUGAGGAUAUCUUAGGUGAAAUUGAGAUGCUACAGCAGUGCAGUCAUCCAAAUGUUAUUCGCUACUUUGCGAGCUAUCAAGGAGACGAAUACCUUUGGAUAGUAAUGGAGUAUUGUGGGUGUGGAAGUGUUGCUGGUUUAAUGAAUGUCAAUGAGGCACCACUUGAGGAGCAACAAAUAGCAUAUAUUUGCAAAGAAACAUUGAAGGGCCUUUCCUAUUUACACUCCAUAUUUAAAGUACAUAGAGAUAUCAAAGGGGGUAAUAUAUUGUUAACUGAUCAAGGAGAGGUUAAGUUAGGUGAUUUUGGUGUUGCUGCACAGCUAACUAGAACAAUGUCCAAGCGUAACACGUUUAUUGGAACUCCUCAUUGGAUGGCUCCAGAAGUUAUUCAAGAAAGUCGGUAUGAUGGAAAGGUAGAUGUGUGGGCACUUGGAAUAUCUGCUAUUGAAAUGGCAGAGGGUCUUCCUCCGCGGGCAACUGUGCAUCCUAUGAGGGUGCUGUUUAUGAUAUCAAGAGAACCAGCUCCAAUGCUUGAGGAUAAGGAGAAAUGGUCGCUUUUGUUUCAUGACUUCGUGGCAAUGUGCCUUACAAAGGAUCCUCGUCUCCGUCCAACUGCAGCAGAGCUGCUAAAGCACAAAUUCAUUGAGAAGUGUAAAAGUGGAGCUUCUGGAAUGCUGCCCAGGAUUCAGCAGGCAAAGGAAAUUAGAUCUUCCAUGGCUUUAGAAGCUCAGAAAAUUGCAUCAUCAGCCACUCUACGAGGAGAUUUAGGAGGUGACCCCAAAGUAAAUGAAUCAUUUGGAGAUACCGUGCUUGCUGGUCUGCAAGUCUCUGAUGUACUAUCAUCUGCAAUUAAUGUGGAGGAUCAUGAUUCAGGACAUAUAGAAACUGAUGUAGAAGGUGACUUUGGGACAAUGAUAGUUCGAGAUGCUGGUAAUGCAGCUAUAACAGCUACUCAAAUUGCAGUCCGAGACAAAGAACCGUCCCCUUCUGUAGAACAUACUGGAAAUGCCCAUGUCCUUGGCCAUGGUGAGAAAAAAAUUGACCCUAGGCUAUACAGUGAAGAGAGUCUUAGUUUCACAAGUGACGCAUCCCAAUCCGGACAAGGGAAAGCCUCUUCUCCUGCAAUGCUUGCUCCUCCACUUUUGUCCCCUCCACCGGGCAACAUUUUUGUAACAAGAGGUCCCAUGAAGGGUGAAGCUGUCAGUCAAAAAGCUGUAGAAAAGCUCCGCUCAAUAUACUCAGCUGGUAAUACGGUGCCAAUCCCCUUCCUGAGAGCAUCUGAUAUAUCACCAGUUGCACUUUUGUCUAGCAAUAUGCUUGGGGCCUGGCAAGAAGAUGAUACUUUGCAUGAGCUUUUCUGUCGCGAUGCUCAGUCAAAAAAGGGCCGAAGUAGACAAAACGAGGUUCCCCUGCCUCCAAGUGUACAUCAGCGACUAUCUUCUAGUCCUACCUUAAUGAACCUAACACAAGCUUUGGCUUAUCACAGGAUGUAAGAUCUUUCAACGUAUAAGCUCCCUCAGUCCCUCAACAAAUAAAUAAAACAAGACUCAAAAGCCAUGACAUUACUUCUUACAAAUUAUUUGUUAGUUUUAACUCGUUCUUAUCUUAUUUUGAAAUAGUUACUUGUUGGAUAUGACUCCAGGUGCUAUGAUGACAUGCCUCUUCAGGAAAUGCAAGCUACACAAGAGCAAAAGACCAUCCAAAGCCUUUGCGAUACACUAAAAACUAUUUUGCGGUUAUAAAUAGAUGCCGUUUAUUUAUAGUUUUUUUAUAUAGAAAAUGACAUUAUCUGACUCUGUGAGUAUUCAUUUUCAUUUAUUCAUUUAUUUGGAUUACAUUGAAUAUUAAUGCAAUCCGUAAACAAUACUACUCCCUCCGUCCCAUAAUUAACUUCGGUUUUGACUGGGCACGGAGAUUAAGAUAGUGAGAUUUGUGUGGUGGAGAGUUGUGUAGAGGAGAGAGAAAUGUGUAAGAAUAGUUGUGAACCACAUAUUCUUUAUCAAAAAGGGAAAGGGGAGAUAAAUUUGGGACGGACCGAAAAGGAAAGAAAGAAGAUAAUUUCGGGACAGAGGGAGACAGGGAGUAUCAUAUUACACUGUGUGCAGCCCAGAACAUAUAAGAGCAACACAACCGAUUAUUGCCUUAAACUUCUGUGACCUUUUCCCUCUAUGAAGCUGGCCACAAGAGAUAUCUCCACAUAGCUAAUCAGGAAUGCACCACCAACCAUAUAGUCAUGAAAAGAGCUCUUAGUGACAAGUGGAGGUGGUCCAAAUGCACCAUGUCCCGCACUUACUAUAUUCCUCAUGCUAGAGGUCUCCGGUUCAAGUCAUUAAGGAGGUGAGUUUGAGAAUAUUUUCUCAAGUGAGAAUCCUCAAACCCCGAAGUUAGCUUGAGUGUGUGAGUUAUCUUCUUGCUAGAAACUUGAUUAUUUUUUACCAAUCGAUAGCAAUUCUCCCAGGAGCUAUGUUGGGAACCAAAUGACAUGUGAAGUCAAUCGGUUAAGAGCGGUUUUAAAGUGUGGUGGUGUAUUAGUGUAUAAAUGGGCCUUGGGAACCUAGCGGAUUAUUUGAGCGCCACAUGUUUACUUUUCAAGGGUUUGGGGUGAGUUCUUAGGAUUCCGCAAUUAGCUCGACGAAGUCGGGGUCAAUUGGUGUUCACAAAAAAGAAAGUGAAAGAGCUCUCAAAUUAAGCCAUAGGUUCCACCGUACCCCUACUAGACUAAAUCAGCUUCAAAUAGAUCAAGUAGAUUAGAUCAAGAUGUGCAAUACUAAAAUAAACAUCUACCAGAUCAAGCCAUAUAUCAAGAUCUAGAUCAUUGCAUUUCUUUUACACGCAAUAUACAAGCUAAUGUUUAUUACGGAGUAUAUCUUUGCCGACCUCCACGUUUGGACUCAAGAGAGUAGAGACUAUAGUUUGUUUUCUUCUUUAUCAUUGCAAACCGCACAGUGCAAACACCAGAUAGUUGAGUAGUCUAAAU